AAGGCAGAAAGCACGCCGUACCAUGCGAGCUAAAUUGGUGACCGAUGGGAUCGAGGAUGUCGGAUUAAUGGUGACUACCGCAGCCCGUUUUCGCAGAGGAAGCUUCUCUAUUGCAACUUGGGCGCAGAGGGUCCGCGGGGAAACAUGGCCGAAGGAGGGCCGGGUAAAGGUGGCGGAGAAGACCCCGCCAAGUCCACCGAGCAGCAGGACCGGACUCGACCUCAGAUCCUGUCGGGAUCGGGCUUUUGCAAAUGGUUCAACGUCCGGAUGGGCUUUGGAUUUAUCUCAAUGACCAGCAGCGAAGGGAGCCCGGUCGACCCCCCUCUGGAUGUUUUCGUCCACCAAAGCAAACUGGUGAUGGAGGGCUUCCGCAGCUUAAAGGAGGGUGAGCAGGUGGAGUUCACCUAUAAGAAGUCCUCAAAGGGCCUGGAGUCCCUGCGGGUGACCGGACCUGGUGGGGGACCCUGUGCAGGCAGCGAGAGAAGACCCAAAGGGAAGGUCCCACUCCAGAAACGCAAACCAAAGGGAGACCGCUGUUACAACUGUGGAGGUCUGGAUCACCAUGCCAAGGAGUGUGGCCUGCCCCCCCAGCCAAAGAAAUGCCACUACUGCCAGAGCAUCACGCACAUGGUGGCUCAGUGUCCCCACAAGGCGCUGGCGCCUACCACAGGCUCUCAGGACCAACACGCGUCUACCUCGGCCUUCAGCCCGGGGACCGGGACCUACCUCUGCCCCCCAGAGGAGGAGGAGCGCUCCGGCUCGUCUCCCCUGGAGGGCUCCUCCUCCUCCCCAGAGGAGCCCCACACGCGUGGCCCCCGGACCCAGAGAUGGAGGAAAUCCUGAAAACAGCCCAUAGAGGUGAACCUAUCACCACUAACCCCUGACCCUCAUGUCUCCCCUUAAUCAAGGAUACCUGAAGCCCCCCCUCAUCUACCUCACACCUGUGAAAAAAUGGGAGUUCUUAAUUUCUUCUACUUUUUAUUUUAUUUGUUUUUUAUUUUUUCUAACCAGCGCAGCUAUGGCAACGAUCACCGGGGUACGGACGUGCAUGAAUGUGAGUGACUGACUUGCAGUCAUCUGGUGCAGCUAUGGCAACCACCGCUGGAAUGGUGACUGCAGGGAAUGACUGUUUUUCUUGUUUCAAUCAGUGCAGCUCAAGAGUGAAACAACAUGGUAUGAAUCUUGGUUUGAUGAUCCCCCCCCCUCCCCCCCUUGGACCUAAGUGUUGGCCAUUUUGAACGCUUUUUCCUUACAGAUGUUGUAGAUUUACAGCCACAAAUUUAUAUCCUGUAGGCCUAAUCAUUCCAAAAACCAUGAUGCAUUCGUUUAGCGCACACGGUAGCUCAUUUUUAGAAGGAUUAGUAGAAGACUUAAAAGCUCAAGACCCUCUAAGUGAUAAUCCAGCCCCAUAGGAUUGUUAGCUUGGCUUCUAAAGAUCUUUAGGGAAACUUUAUGGAUUCCAGUGGGAUUUUUCCUCAGACAGUGGGCUGCUAAACGCAUUCUAUAUAAUCUUGAAACAUUUACUCCAUACUCCUCUCUUACAUGAAAAGGACUGGACCAACUGAUUGUCAAAGAGUGAGCAUGUGUUUGUGCAUGCGCGUGCAAGACUGAGAGAAAGAGAGAGAGAGAAAAAGCGUGUGUUUGUAUGCAUGUGUUGUGCAUGCUGGAGUGCCUCAUCUCCAGGUGCGAGUCAACACUAUUAACUUUCAGUUUCCUAUUAAUAGAGAUAGACACGACUUAGACAAAACAUCAUAUAAUCCAGCUAGAUCAUAGUUUAGAUUCAAGGUAAUGCAUUGAUCACUAGACUUCCAUUUUGGUUGUUGCGUAAUUAGCUGAAAAUAACAUCACAGUUUACAAAUCAUAGUAUUAAGUCAUUUAAUAUAUAUGUAAAGUCACAAGAUAUAAUUGAAAUUCUAUUAACUUUAAGUAAUGCAUAUAUAAGGAAUUAGCUCUGACAUAGGUAAAUAGCCCUGUAUAUUGCAUGGGAUACUUUGCUGUUGUGUGAAAACUUGUAGCUCUCACUCUAUUUAACCGUUUUUAUCCAUGACAAACCAAACGGACCUUUUUUUUAUUCUAAUUUUCACCCCGCGCCUUCUUCUCAAUUAGAUCAAGUAGUCAGCAAUGGCCUCUGAUCCAGCACAAAGACUCGCCUGGUUUGAUUAUUUGUGUAGUGUCAGACCAUUACAGUAUCAUCACAGCUGCUCUACUUACUUAAUACCUCACCAAUCCUUCCUCCUGGAAAUGAAUGUCACAGAACGUUGAGCUGUUUGCUCUCCCAGCUGUGUUACAGUAAGAUCGGACCACCUGUCCCUCUUCCAUCUGUGCCUAUCAGUUGUUAGUUAGCACCAGCCAGGUAACGCCAGACAGACUCAUUGAAGAGAGAGGGGGAGGGAGAGAAAGAGUGCUGCUUUUGGUAUAACUUGAAUCACAAGCAUGGCUUUAGUGGCACUUAUUUGUGACCUACCAACUCUUGUCUGACCAUAUUGAAUGUGAAAAGAGCUUAUCUCAAGUCGACCUCUCACAAAAGUUCACGCCGGGUCGCUUUGGAGUUUGUAUCUUAAUGUUCUGACAAAUCAAAUAACUUUGUAUGAUGAUAUCAAAAUAGCUUGUGUGUUUUUUUUAAAAGCUCUAAGUAGACAACCAACUUUUUUUGGUAUAUUUCUAUACCAAAGAGUUUGGCUUUAUAUUUUGAAGGCAUUUAAAGCUGCGACUUGCUGAAGUGCUUGCUAUCCUCGUUCUUUCAGAAUAAGAGGGUCUUAUUGCUGAAAGCGCAACACUGCAGUCAUUUGUUUUUAUGUACAGCUCUUUGAAUGUGUGCGUGCGUUAAAAAUCAAAUCUUCAACGAUGCAGCAUGACAGGAAAAAAAAAAGUGAAUUACCAAACCACAUGACGAGCACAGCCCAUGCUCAGAUCUUUAUGGAAACAACAUCUUUUUGUAUGAUGUAUUUUUACAUUUCUACACACAAUUCCUCUCAGGAUGAUGAACUGUUCUCAGGGAAUUAACCAAAAAAAAGUGUAUUUUAUUCUUUUGGGAAUCAUCCACUUACUGACUCAACAAACUCUGUUAAGCAACGGUGAAGAGACAUAUGUAACUGAUUCAUGUAUUGAUAUUAGCAACUACCUCUUGAGUUAUACAUAGUUGUGCAUUUCUUUUUGUUUUGUAUAUUUUAUGAUGAGCUUGUAUGAUUAACUAUAGGUCUCUAUUGUAAUGAGGUGUUGUGUGAGAAGUUCCCUAGUGUUGCCACAGACUCCCUGGUCUUCCUUCCCAGUUACUUUUUCAUUACUGCAAAACUUUUUUUUUGUUUACAGCAAAAGCCUACCUCAUAUGAGCUGUUCCUCCACAAACUCCUUACCUCCUCCCAGCCCCAUUCCUCCAUGCAGUUGUUUGUUAAUGAAAUUGCCACUAGUCGCACUAGAGUCACACGGCUUUUUCAACGAAUCGGCCCUGAAAUGGCUUGUCACUUGUGACUCCAAAUAUAUCUUAUAAUCAAAGCUCUUUUUGAAGGUUUUACUCACACAUUUUCUGAAUGGGCGUGUUUUGUCUCACACAUCCAGGUUGAAGUUUUUCUGCCAGCUCUGUGUUAAACUGUCAGUAUAGUAUACACUCAUCACUCAACUGCGGACAGCCAGUGAGUUUACCUCAGUUUGUUGGGCUAGCUAUAGACAUGUUAAAUAUGAAAUACUUUACAAUUCCGUGUGAACACAUUUUGAAAAGACAUUGACUGUUGGUUUUAGUUUAAGUAUUUUAUCAUAACCGUUUUUGUAACCACUUGAUAUGAUGGGCUUAAGGUGGACAAGAAUAGUAUUGUACUUCGCACAAGGAGUGCCUGUCUCUGUGUUUUGUUUGUCUGACCCUAUUACCAAAUAGAUAUUUUCCUCUUUUGGGCUCCAUGGUAAUGGCCUUUUUGUCAGCCAUUUUUACAGCCUCAGAUAAUCAGAAGUUGUGUGGUUUGGAGAUGAAGCCCCUUAUUGGUGCAAACUACAUUUGGGGUUUUAGAGCGCCAUUGUUUAACAGUUAACAUCAAAUCAGUAGAUUUUGUACUAAAUGGUGACAUUGCAUAGACGUCAUUCUAAAAAAUGUUUAUAAAGAUGAAAAUUGUUAUCAGUACUUAUUGUUAACUAACUCAUGAGAUCAAAGAUUGAUUUUUGCAGGUGACCGCAGGUUUUAAGUUCACAGAGAAUCACUAUGUUGCAGUGGGCCUAAAUAUGGAACUCAAUGCUUGUUCAUGCCAGUUAUGAACAAAAUACAAAACCGCCGUAAAAUAUAGUGAUAUUAUUGUUGUAAGUAGCUUUUAUAUUUUCUUCCAAUCAAUGUAACUACUGAUUGAUCCCGUUUGUUGUCCUGUUCAGUACUUAACACAGCCAAAAUCCUCUCUCAUAUAGGAGAAUAAUCUUCUAAAGGUAGUAAUAAAUGCUUAUCUUAGAGGUUUGUCAGGGCUGCAUGUAGGAUAACAAAUUGGUAGAAUUGUGUUAUUAAUAUCUUCCCACUUGUCUUAAGUUUUGAAUCAUGCAAACCUAAGACACCGCAAAGAGUCUCACCCAUGCAAUCAUCGAAAUUCAUUUGUGAUUUGUUUAUGAACCUGAAUGUACCAGUUCUAUCUCAGCAGAAGGCUCCAGUUUGAGUGUUGGGCCUUUAAAAGAGAACACUGUAUUCUCAGAUGUAAUUUGCUGCCACUGAAUACAAGAAAUAAAAACAACAAAUAUCUAGAGUGUGGUCACACAUUUCCCCCAAAUGACUGCGUUGUGGCUCCUUCGUUUGAAAUUCACACAAAUCUGAGGGUCAACACUAGUGCAUGACACCUGCCAUGUGGGCUUAUACAGAGUUCAGAGUAAUUGUAGAGAAGGAGAGAAGAAGAAUAUCACUCAUAUGACACCAUGUUAACAAAGGUUGAUAUUUAUUUAGAAACUGGGAUAAAUCAGAUUAACUUAAAAAACACUAUUUGUUUAAAUCAUUUAUUAAAUGUAUUUGUGUAGGGUUGUGGGAUUUGAUAGGAUAAUUCAGGCUUUUCGGUCUUAUGUUUGUCACACAACAGAGAGCCGAAGUCAUGACCUCUCAUCCAGGUUAGCCUCUGUUCCACUAACUUAGCUUAGUUACUCAUUUCUUUCGUCAGUCUUUCUGAAAAAAAUACUUGUUCCUGUGGUUUACUGUCCAGACAGAAUGGCAUCCGCAACAGCAAUUGAUAUUACAAACUGAUCCCUUACAGUAGUAAGGAUAGAAAAACUACUACUCCCAUCGACAAAAAAUAUUUACGCGUUACCGUAACUUCAUUUCCGAUAUCCAUAACACUCGCCAACUCUCUUCUAGUCAUUUUUUACAACUCUUUAGUUAUAAUCUUUGUUGUCUAUACCAGUGGUUCUCAAGCAUUUUCACAUCUAGGACCCCUAAUCUGACACAAUUUAGACCAUGGACCCCCAUUUGAUGAAGCCAGCCACACAACAUACUGUUGUAGUAGUCAUUGGGAUUUUGAAUGAAGUUCUCGCUUGUGGAACAGAAACCCGGAAAUUCCGGUUUGACUUGGGCUUUAAAAAUAAGUAAUGUUAGCUCUGCGGAAACUGUCAUACAUGCAUAUUUAAAAUUGGACUGAUUUUGUCGCUGUUUAGUGAGAACUAUGUAUCUCAGAAAACUUUGUUUUAAAUUAAUACUUAAAUGAUUUGGGAAAUAUGCUUAGGCUCCUUGCUUUCUGGUGGAGAGUAAGAUAAGUCUGACUUCUGUCCGUUAAAUAUCCGGCUACAUCCAGCAGUUGGUUAGCUUAGCUUAGCACAAAGACUGGAAGCAGGGGGGGGAAGCUAGCUUAACCCUGUCCCUACCAGCACCUCAGAAGGUCUAACUAAACACUACAGUUACUUUGUGAAUACAACAUGUUGUUUGUGGACAUGUUAUAUCUAGUAAAGUUGUGUUCACCUGUUUCCAGUCUUAAAAUAAGCUACGCUAACCAGCUGCUGGCACAGCAUACACGCUUCUUUCCCAAUAUGACAAACUCUUUGACACUGUCUUUGUGACAUAGUUGAGUUGAAUUUUAAAGGUUUUUAAAAGUAUUUUCUCACACCCUAAAGUAGCAUUCAAGUUACAAAUCUCAAAAUGUGAGGAUUUCAUUCAACAGUGACUUAGUCCUACAUAGCCUAAUUAAAUUAGAAUUAUAACUAAUAUAAAUGAAGGGAAAGUGUACUUGCAGUGUCCGCAUAUUUACGAUGCUUCAGAGACUAAAACCAUGCACUCCUGGUCCAAAGACUACUCCAAAAUACAAAAAAAAAAAAUAAAAAAAAAUCACAUUUUGGCCUAUAUACUCGUGACAAAACCUGAAUUAUCCUUAAUGUAUCAAAGGCCUCUGUAGACUGACGGGAUGUACUAUGCCAUGAUCACAGACAGGGAAACCUCAGCAGUCUGUCUCACUGCUCCCUCAUGUGGUUGUUUAGGAGAUGACUGCAGACUGACUGAAGUUCACAUACCUCAACUGCUGCCUUUAUCAGCUGCUCUGUGCUUUGCCUUGACACAAUGUAUUCUAGGGGAUGAUCAUUUAUGAUGAUUUUUUUUUUUUUUUAAACUGAACUGUAUCUCGUCAGAUCCAUAUUGUGUUUAUGUACAUGAAAUCAUACUUUCAUUCAUACAAAAAUUGAACCUCUGAAGGACCUAUAAAUCCAACCAAGGCAGUUAAAAGUGCAGAUACCUCCUUGUAUUGACUAAUAACCUCACAUUUGUCAUGUUUGUUUAUGUUUUACUCUCUACAUUGUGGCCAGAGGGAGUCUUAUGUGCUCUCUUUCUCUGGAGUAUGUCUAGAGCCAAGCACUGAUUGCUUUUGAAUGGGGUGGGGAAUGUUAUUCUAUGUGCAUAUCACUCAUUAUGUUAAACCCCAAUAUAAGUGUACUGCAUUUUUUAUUUCUGUGAAUCUUGGAUUGGAUUUUUUUUUUUAAAUGUCUGAAAUGUUUUACUUGAUUGGAAAAUAAACAUAUUAUAUUGGCAUUAAAGUAUGUAUAAUUUUA